AGGUGUCCAUGUGAGACGCCAUAAAUAAGGCCUGUAAGUGAGAGAAAGAGAGAGCGAUUCAUGUCAUGUUGGGUGCUUGAGUUGCGCUGCUUCACUUUUUCUGUUGGUUAGAUUUUGUUUUGGCGUUUGCUUAUUUGAGUGGUGCUCACCAUCAAUGCCAAUCAAAGCCAACAAAGAAGAAAACAAAUUGAAGAAAGUGGUCAUUUUGGAGAUCUGUGUUUUUCAGCUUUAAGGGGAAAAAAUGAUGAGGUUUAAUUGUCAUCGGCCUCUUAGAAGAGAAGCAAUUGCUGGGUUAUUUCUGUUGCUUUUCCCAGUUCUUUUCCCUUGUUUGUUUACUCCAUUCGCCCAUUCUUCCCCUUCUACAUUCUCGGAAUGGAAUGUUCCUAAACCUCGACAUUUAUCUUUACUCAGGAGUGCCUUAGAACGUGAAAAUUCCAACGGAGAGAAGUCUGAUCUCUGGACUCCUUUGGCCGACCAAGGGUGGAAACCGUUUCUUGAAUCCGUAAAUGCCCCCCCAGCAUUGCCACAGAAAUCUGAAGGAUAUCUUCAGGUAUUUCUUGAUGGUGGACUCAACCAGCAAAGAAUGGGGAUAUGCGAUGCUGUUGCGGUUGCUAAAAUACUGAAUGCAACACUUGUGAUCCCACAUCUUGAAAUAAAUCCCGUUUGGCAAGAUUCAAGCUCAUUCAUGGAUAUAUUUGAUGUGGAUCACUUUAUUAAUGUAUUGAAGGAUGAUGUUUCAAUCGUCAAUGAGUUGCCGGAUGAAUUCUCUUGGAGCACAAGGGAGUAUUAUGCCACUGCUAUUCGGGCCACCAGAAUUAAAAGAGCACCUGUUCAUGCAUCUGUAAACUUUUAUCUUGAGCAUGUCUUACCUGUGUUACAGAGUUAUGGGAUUGCUGCGAUUUCUCCAUUCUCUCACCGGUUAUCUUUUGACAACUUGCCGAGUGAGAUCCAGAAACUACGUUGUAAAGUCAACUUUAAAGCUCUUGUGUUUGUUCCUCACAUCAGAGAACUUGGAGAUGCCAUUGUCCAUCGCCUCAGACAUCCUUCUGGUGAAAGUGAAGCAGUUAGCAGUAACUAUCUUGGGGAGACCACGGAUCAAUAUGACAAGAAAAAGCCACAGAAAUUUGUUGUGUUACAUCUUCGGUUCGAUAAGGAUAUGGCAGCCCAUUCGGCCUGUGAUUUUGGUGGGGGUAAAGCCGAAAAAUUGGCUCUGGCCAAGUAUCGACAAGCAAUGUGGGGAGGGAGGGUUCUCAAUUCUCAGUUUACCGAUGAAGAGUUGAGAAGCCAGGGGCGAUGUCCGUUGACUCCUGAAGAAAUCGGACUGCUGCUAGCAGCUUUGGGUUUUGACAAUUGUACCCGACUUUAUCUUGCUUCACACAAGGUAUACGGUGGGGAAGCUAGGAUUUCCACCCUACGUGAGCUGUUUCCGUUGAUGGAAAACAAAAAGAGGCUUGCCUCUUCAGAGGAAAGGGUUCGUAUAAAAGGAAAGGCUUCUUUGUUAGCUGCGGUCGAUUACUAUAUUGCUAUGCAUAGUGACAUCUUCGUCUCUGCGUCUCCUGGGAACAUGCACAAUGCAUUGGUCGGACAUCGAACUUUUGAGAACAAGAAGACCAUAAGGCCAAAUAUGGCUUUGUUGGGCCAACUCUUUCUUAACAAAAACAUUUCGUGGUCGGAGUUCCGUCAGUUAGUGGCGGAAGGGCACCAAAACAGACUAGGGCAACUCAGGUUAAGGAAACCAAAACAGUCCCUAUAUACAUACCCGGCGCCUGAUUGCAUGUGCCGAGCUUAAGUCCCUAGAAGUCAGCUAUCGUUAUGCUAAAGGAAGUGAGACUACUUUCAAUAUCUUAUUGAUUUUAUUACUGCAGCUAAUAUUUUCUGCUUUUGCUAUUGAUAUCAUGAAUAAGCCGUCGGCCCGAUUUCUUUCCCUUAGAUAUAUGCAUUACAUUUAGUGUUCUUAGUAGAUAACUGUUGUAUCGUAUCGACGGUGGUAUUUCUAUUGAGAAUGGGGUUGUUGGCAUCAAACUUAUUGCGGAUCCUAUUUAGUAUGGACCGUGGAGAGGAGUAUGUAACAUAAAUUGUCGUCGGAUCUCGGCUUUCUUUGUCGCAUAGCUCUACCGGUGAAGCUGUCUGUACAACCUUUGUUUUAUGUAUUGGAAUUACAUCAAACGUCUAUGUUUAUGCAACAGACUUGUUGAGA